AUGCAAGUCGUCCACUAGGUGGCGAGCACCUUCAAGUGCUGUGCAAUCUCACCAGACCCAUUUUUUUUCAACGUAGUAAGAAAAACUACACCUGGCCGUACUGCAGGGGCGGGGGGUGCCUCUUUGGAACCUAACUCCUUCCUUAGAAGCCUACUAAAAACGCCUCUUCUGCCGAAUAUCCCCGGUCCCCAUCUCCACACCCUAGCUCACCGGUCAGAAUGGGGACUACUGGCCCUUUAAGGAGCUCCGCCCCACAGCACGCCGCCAGUCGCCUCCGAUUGGUCCCGAGCGCGCCGGAGCGCAGCCGAACUUGACGCACCCGCCCGCAACCUGCCGACGCACCUCCCACGCGGCUCCGCAGAUCUUCAGCCAACCACCGCCCGGCGCGCCGAGACUAAUCUGCAUGACCCCACCUCUCAUGGAGGCCUCAGCCAAUUAGAGCGCUAUCCUUGGGUUCAUUAGCAUGAGGGCGGAGCGGGCGCGGGCGCUUGGUUGGACCGUCGCCGCGUCUCAGGUCCCGGGAAAGUUUUUUCAGAGGUGAAAAGAGCCGGGAAGUCCGGGCCUGCGCGGGGCGGGGGCUGCGGGGCGCGGCCUCCGGGACUCGAUCUCGCAACAAAGGAUCGCGGGGCCUCCUGCCCGAGGACCUCCCCGCCCCGGGAUCCGCCUCCCCGGUCCGGGCCCCCCGGGGAUCGCCCUGCGGUUCCCAUCGAGGUGGCAGGCAGGACCCCCUGACCUUUGCCGGCUUCUGUUCCAGAUCCCGCCCGGAGUGGCCAUGUCCCACGGUCCCCGGCAGCCAGGCGCAGCCACCGCACCUGCGGGAGGCAAGACUCCGGGCCAGCACGGGGCCUUUGUAGUGGCUGUCAAGCAGGAGCGCAGCGAGGGUUCCCGAGCUGGAGAGAAGGGGCCCCAGGAGGAGGAGCCAGUGAAGAAGCGAGGCUGGCCCAAAGGCAAAAAAAGAAAGAAGAUUCUCCCAAAUGGGCCCAAGGCCCCCGUCACUGGCUAUGUUCGCUUCCUGAAUGAGAGGCGGGAACAGAUUCGCACCCGCCACCCGGACCUUCCAUUCCCGGAGAUCACGAAGAUGUUGGGCGCCGAGUGGAGCAAGCUGCAGCCGGCAGAGAAGCAGUUUGAGGAUGCUGCCCCCCUCCUAGCGGUACCUGGAUGAGGCAGAGAAGGAGAAACAGCAGUACUUGAAGGAGCUGUGGGCAUACCAGCAGUCAGAGGCCUACAAGGUCUGCACUGAGAAGAUUCAAGAAAACAAAAUUAAAAAAGAGGACUCCAGUUCUGGGCUCAUGAACACCCUCCUGAAUGGGCACAAGGGUGUGGACUGCGAUGGCUUUUCCACCUUUGAUGUGCCCAUCUUCACGGAAGAGUUUCUGGACCAAAACAAAGCACGCGAGGCAGAGCUGCGGCGCCUGAGAAAGAUGAACGUGGCCUUCGAGGAGCAGAAUGCGGUGCUGCAGCGCCACACGCAGAGCAUGAGCAGCGCGCGUGAGCGUCUGGAGCAGGAGUUGGCGCUGGAGGAGCGGCGCACACUGGCAUUGCAGCAGCAACUACAGGCCGUGAGGCAGGCGCUCACGGCUAGCUUCGCCUCCCUGCCGGUGCCCGGCACCGGGGAGACACCGACCCUCGGGACGCUGGACUUUUACAUGGCGCGGCUUCAUGGAGCCAUCGAGCGCGACCCCGCGCAGCACGAGAGACUGAUCGCGCGCGUCAAGGAGAUCCUGGCGCGGCGAGCACCUGUGACAGACCUCUUGGACCAGGAGAUGCCCCUCCCCACCCGCCCAGAAAGAAGCUACACCUUGGGGUCUCCAGGCCCCCCUCAAAUGAAAUCUCAACCGCAUCCCUUUAGCUUCGAACCCCAUCCCAGGUUGCAGAGACCGGGAGACCUGCCUGCCUCACAGGGAGGGUCACACUACAGUGGGUCAGGAACAGAGGAGCCAAGGCCGCUGGACUCGGAUACCCCACCCCCACCCCUGGUGCUGAGCAGGAGGACCCCAGGUCGCUCACCAUACAGCCAGGGGACCUGCUGCGCAGGCGCUGGCUAACCUGGCAGAGCCGGGGUAGGGGUGGGGCAGUCCGACAGCCCCUUCCCCUGCGCCUUUCAUCACUCAAUCUGGACUUUUAAAUAAGUGUUGAAUAAAAACAAAUGGGUUUUCACUCAA